CUCGACUCAUUACAAACGAACAUAAAUUAAUUUUAUUAUUAACACAACUUAUAAUAAAAACGAAAUAACAAAAUGUUUGCCGAUAAAUACUUGAUCACCGUCUGCUUAUUAGCCUUCGUCCUUGGCAGUCUUGCCACAACUCCAAACAUGAAUAAUAUUUGCGCAUUAUUACCGGAAAAAUCGAAAAUUUCUGCCGCGUCUUGUGACUCAUACUAUUUGUGCAUUGGUGACGUUGCCCAAUUACAAAAAUGCUCUGGAUCUCAACAUUUUAACAAGGACACACAGCAAUGUCUGCCAGCAGAUCAAGUAAACUGUUUUGAUGGAACUGCAGAAGAUCCUUGCAAUGGACGCGCUGUCGGUACUUGGGCACCAGUCUCUGAUUCAUGCACGGAUUUCUAUUAUUGCGGCGCUAAUGGUGCUCAACGCAGCUCUUGUCCUAAUGGAAAUCAUUUCCAUGAUGGAAAUCAAAAAUGUGUCCAUGCCAAUCAGCAUCCAUGCACCACCGUAGGCACAAAUAAUCCAGACGAGCCACCAGUUGUUUCUGUAAAUUUAUGUAAUUAUAUACAAAAUAGUAUCUAUUUUGGUAGUCCAGCAUCCUGCAAUUUUUGGAACAAAUGUGUAAACAAUGUAAUGACAAGCGGUACUUGUCCAACUGGCUUUGACUACAAUGUUAAAAUCAGCAAAUGCGAUUUUCCAACUGAAUUUGUAUGCUCACAGCUGACUCAUGAUCCUUUACUAACUGGUGCUGUUGGAAGUGGUGGUUCUUGCAGUAAAAAGGGAAUUAGAAAAUCAGCUGUCGCCUGUGCUGGUUACUAUCAAUGUGAUGGCAGCGUCUAUCAAUACUAUCUAUGCACAAAGGGACAAUUCUACGAUACAAUCACCCAGACCUGUGUUAGCCGUCAGUCGGCACGCAAUAAUUGCGAUCGCUGUUCAGGCUCAAAAUCCCAAUUCGUUAACCAGUAUUCCACAACCGGCUGUAGUGGAUACUUGGUAUGCAAAAAUGGUGUACAACAAAGUAAAGGGAAUUGUUCCAAAGGCAUGUUUUUCAACGAAGAUAUGGGAGCAUGCGUAAAUCAAAAUCCCGAAUUUGGUUGCUGCUAUCCCAAGCCUGCUGGAAAUCAUUAAUUUUCAGUAUUAUAUGCAGUAUUAUCUUUAAUAUUAAUUAUAUUUACACUUUGUUUCUUACAUAUGAACUUAA